UUCAACUAUUCUAUGGGAUCCCGGGCGUUUUCCCAUGACAGUAUUUUUAUCCCUGAUGGGGGAGCAGAAAGUGAGCAGACAGUUCAAGCAAUGUCACAGGACAACAUCCUGGGCAAAGUCAAAACUCUUCAGCGGCAGUUGGGCAAGAACAUCAAGUUUGGGCAGCCGCCGCCCGGUGCCACUCCCAUGAAGAGGGCAGACAGCGGGGAGGCCAGCCUGGAAGGGGACCCGCUCCUGGCCCGUCCCAUGGAACCUGUGACUCAGCAGGACCUCACCCUCCCAGACGCCGACAACGAAUCUAGUGACACGCCAAGUUCUCCGAGUCCUCCGAAUCCGCCUGGAGCCAGAAGGGAGAUGGAAGAGAAGGCAGCUCCAGCUAAACCUCGGCCAAAAAGGCACUUCUCUUCUGCGGGCACCAUCGAAAGUGUCAACCUGGACGCCAUCCCCUUGGCCAUCGCUCGCUUGGACAACAGUGCCGCCAAGCACAAACUGUCCGUUAAGCCAAAAAACCAGAGGGUGUCAAAGAAGCACAGGCGACUUGGACUUGCCGGGGCUCGACCAAAUGAACAAGGAGGCCUUCCCAGCCAGCUGUCCCUGGACCAGAACGGACACCCUGGAGAAGACAAGCUGAUGUGGCAUGAAGAGGAGCCGGAGCCUCUGGACGCGGAGGGAGAGAAGAGAUGCCAGGAAGAAUACUGGCGAGAACUGGAGGCCAAGUGCAAGCGGCAGAAGGCGGAGGCAGCCGAGAGGAGACGCCUGGAGGAGCAGAGGCUCCGGGCCCUGGAGCAGCGGCUUUGGGAAGAGAACCGCAGGCAGGAGCUCCUGGAGGAGGAAGGAGAGGAAGAGGGAGAGGAGGGAGAACCACAGCCAGAGGCAGGGAAGAGGCAGUGCACAGAGGAAAGGCGGAGGCUGGACGAGCAAGGUGGCCCAGCCCCAGAGUGCAGGCAGCCAGAGGAAGGCGGACCCCAAGAAGCGGGUGAGCAGGAGCCCCCGGAGGAAGAGGCUGAGCGGCUGCAGAGCCUCGCGCACCAGGAGCUGGAGGCGCGGAGCAGACAGGAGGCGGAGAAGCGGCGGCAGGAGGCAGAGGAGAGAGAGUUGAAGGAAAGCAGGAGACUGGAGGAGCUGGAGGAGCAGAGGCGGCGGGAAGCGGAGGAGAAGCAGCGGUUGGAGGAAGAGGAGAGGAAGAGGCGGGAGGAGGAGGAGCGGAGGCUGCGGGAGGAAGAGGAGAGGAAGAGGCGGGAGGAGGAGGAACAGAGGCUGCGGAAGGAAGAGGAAGAGAGGAAGAGGCGGGAAGAGGAGGAACAGAGGCUGCGGGAUGAAGAGGAGAGGAAGAGGCGGGAGGAGGAGGAUCGGAGGCAGCGGGAGGAGGAAGAGAACCGGAGGAAGGAGCUCAGAAGGCGGGAAGAGGAGGAGGCCAGGAGAAGGGAAGAGCUGAGAAAAAGGCAGGAGGAAGUGGAGGCGCAGCGGCGACGGGAAGAGGAAAAGGAGCCUCAGGGAGCACGGAGAGGGGAGGAGAGCGGGCCGGGGGCGGACGACAGGAGCCCGCUGCAGACGGACUGUGCAGGGGAACCAGAGCACCUGAAGCCGGACAAGCAAAGAGAGAACGCCGAGGCACCAAGUGGGAAGCAGAGUCCCGAGGCUGAGCCCCCCGGAGAGCCGCAGGCGCAGCGGGGGGAUGCUCGCAGGCAGGAUGGGUGUGCGGGCCUGGAAGAGAGAAGCGAAGCCCGCACACCCCCUCCCCAGAAACCAGGGGUGUGCGGGGGCGAGGCGCCGGCCCGGGACAGAGACCGCAGGGUGGAGGAGCUGAGGUGGCAGGAGGUGGAGGAGCGCCAGACCAUGCCUCGGCCCUACACUUUCCAGGUGUCCUCGGGAGGGAAACAGAUUCUCUUCCCCAAAGUCAACCUGAGCCCCAUGACGCCCACGAGAGACGCGGGACUGGCCUUUCGGUCCCGCAUCCUGAAGAGCGCGGAGGGCGACCCGCGCGGCAAGAGAGACCAGCCCCCGCCUGGGGAUGAGCCCGCGCCCCGGGGCCGCUGCGACUCCCGGGGCACCCUCCUGAAGACCCCGCCAGGAAACGCCAAGUUCUCGAUCAUGCCUGCCUGGCAGAAGUUCUCGGAUGGGGGCGCAGAGACCUCCAAACAGAGCGCGGGAGCUGAAAGCACGAGAAAAAGGCCCGGGCUGGGAGCCAGCGACCAGACAGCGCCCCCGCCCCUGGCUGCUGAGAGCGAUGAGACCCAGAAAGGCCCAGAGCAUGUGGGGGCGCGCCAGGAGCCAGCAGACACCACCGAGGGCUGCAAAUUUGCCAAAGACCUUCCAUCAUUCCUUGUUCCGAGCCCGCAGUACCCUCCGCAGAAAGCAGUGGCCCAGGCGGAGCCCGUGACCGGGUCGAGCAGUGAGACCGCCGGUGGCGCGGGAAAGCCGGACCCCGCGUUGCCAAGUGGGGAGGAAAAGGCCUCCUCACCUUUUGGGAUAAAGCUGAGAAGGACCAACUACUCCUUGCGCUUCCACUGCGACCAGCAGGCAGAGCAGAAGAAGAAGAAGAGGAACAGCAGCACUGGGGACAGUGCAGAGGCGGGGCCGCCGGCACCAGCGUGCGCGGAUGGAGAGAAGGCGGCAGAGGGUGCUCCGGCCCUUAAGCAUGGCCCAUCCCUCCCCGCAGAGGGCAAGCAAGGCCCCGGCAGCUGGAAGGACCCUGCCGUCAGCCCUUCCAGCCCACCUCCCGCAGCCCAGCCUGGACCCCCACCGGUCAGCAGCCAGGCCCCGGCCCCGGAGCUCACCAAGGCGGCAAACAGAAUGCCGAUGGCGCAGAAGCCGGCCCUGGCGCCCAAGCCCUCCGGUCAGACGCCACCGACCUCCCCGCUCUGCAAGCUGAGCAGGCCCUACCUGGUAGAAUUGCUGGCUCGGCGGCCGGGAAAGCCUGACCCGGAGCCCGGUGAGCUGUGCAAGGAGGGCCAGGAGCGCCAGGAGCCUGGGCCACGCUCGCCACCACCUCCCGGUUGGGAAGAGAAGGAAGAGGCGGAAGCAGAGAGGAAAGCUGCUGCCCCACAGGAGAAGCCUUCCCAAACGCCUGAGGCCGGGAGGAAAGAAAAGCCGGUGCUUCAGAGCAGACACUCUUUAGAUGGCUCCAAACUUGUGGAGAAAGUUGAAACCGCGCAGCCACUGUGGAUAACGUUAGCCCUGCAAAAGCAGAAGGGGUUUCGGGAGCAGCAGGCGACUCGAGAGGAGAGGAAGCAAGCGAGGGAGGCCAAACAGGCAGAAAAGCUCUCCAAAGACAACGUCAGUGUCAGUCCACAGCCAGGAAGCAGCAGUGUCAGCAGAGCUGGAUCCCUGCUCAAGUCCAUGGCUCAUCCAGAAGACAAGAAGCCGGAGACAGCAGGGUCCAGGCUUGAGCGCAGAGAGCAGCUGAAAAAGGCCAACACCCUUCCCACAUCUGUGACAGUGGAGAUCUCUGAUUCGCCUCCCCCAGCGCCACUGGUGAAAGAAGUCACAAAGAGGUUUUCCACCCCAGAUGCUGCUCCCGUGUCAACAGAACCAGCCUGGCUGGCUUUGGCCAAAAGGAAAGCCAAGGCCUGGAGCGACUGCCCACAGAUUAUUAAGUAAAGAGUGACUCUUCUCCAUUCCUAUUCCCAGUUA